AUGGACAAUCUCACGAAAGUGACAGAAUUCCUGCUCAUGGGGUUUUCUGACAUCUGGGAGCUGCGGGUACUACAUGCUGCACUGUUUCUGCUGAUUUAUCUGGCAGCACUGGUGGGGAACUUUCUUAUCAUCAUGAGCACUACUCUUGAUCAGUAUCUUCACACACCAAUGUACUUCUUCCUAAAGAACCUCUCAUUUUUGGAUUUGUGCUACAUCUCAGUCACUGUGCCCAAAUCAAUCCAUAGCACCUUGACUCAGAACAACUCCAUCUCUUAUCUUGGAUGUGUGGCUCAAGUCUAUUUUUUCUUUGCUUUUGCAUCUGCUGAGCUGGCCUUUCUCACCAUCAUGUCCUAUGACCGCUAUGUGGCCAUUUGCCACCCCCUCCAAUAUGGAGCCAUUAUGACAUCAGGAAAAUGCCACCAAAUGGCAGUCAUUGCCUGGCUAAAUUGCUUUUCUUAUGCAGCAGUCCACACUGGCAACAUAUUUUGGGAGCCCAUUUCAAGAUCCAACAUGAUCCACCAGUUCUUCUGUGACAUCCCUCACAUAUUGGCACUAGUGUCCUGUGAGGUUUUCUUUAUUGAGUUUCUGACCUUGGCUCUGAGCUCCAGCCUUGUGCUGAUUUGCUUUAUUCUUAUAAUUGUCUCCUAUAUCCAGAUCUUCUCCACAGUGCUCAGAAUCCCUUUAGGAGAGAGUCGAGCAAAAGCCUUCGCCACUUGCUCCCCACAGCUGAUUGUCAUCAUGCUCUUCCUUACCACAGGGCUCUUUGCUGCCCUAGGACCAAUUGCCAGAAAUUCCUCCAUUGAGGAUUUGGUGAUUGCUAUGGCAUACACAGUUUUGCCUCCCUUCCUGAAUCCCAUCAUAUACAGUCUUAGAAACAAGGAGAUCAAAGCAGCUAUCUGGAGACUAUUUGGGAAGAUAAAUCCUCUGCAAAUGUAG